UAUAUAAAGUCUGAAAUUGAAGGACUUGUAUUCUGACAACAGACCUAUAUCAACACGAAGUUACGAAGCAUUACAGUUCCCCUAUCUAGAACUUCGCUGGGCCUACCAAGCCGGCUUUUAUAAGUUAGUUGUCGCCUGCUCAGAAACCGAAACCAUGGCUUCCCCCUUAGUUGAUGUUUACGUAAAACUGCCUAAUGGCAGAACCUCAACAUUUGCUCUCAUGCCGACCGACAGUGCAAACAAAAUCUACGACCAAGUUGGCAAGGAGGAGGGAGUGUCAGGGAGGCGUAUUCGCCUUAAGUACCAGGGAAAAUUAGUUGAUAAAACAAGGACCAUCGGUUACCUAGGUAUCAGACCGGAAACUAUACUCAAAGGGGAGAUAGUGUUCCCCAAAACCAUAUCCAUUAUACUGAGAUUUGAGGACGGUCACACAAUUACCAUGGAUGUUCAAAAUGUGGAUGAAAUAUCAAGCAUUAAAUCCUACAUAAAAGAAGUGAAAGACAUCCCAACGACCAACAUUAAUUUAAAGAUUGCAGGUCAACCUAGAGUACUCCGAAACGACCAGCUUCUGUUUGAGACAGGCGCAAAGGAGGAGUCAAUCUUAGAUGUCAGCGGGCCAAAGUCCGAACCGCCCUCUAACAGUCCGGAAGCCGAUAGCAUAAAUGAGGACCCACCGGAAGCUUUGAAAGAGGACGUACUCUCCAGUUUUGACACUAAUGGCAAAAACGUGGAAGUGGUUUUCUGUUUUGACACCACCGGAAGUAUGGCGGUAAAUCUGACCACGGUGCGACAGAACAUCAAAGACACGUGCACUCGGCUUAUCCGGGACAUUCCCGGAAUCAGGAUCGGCAUAAUGGCCCACGGUGAUUACUGUGAUCAGCAUGAUUACGUCAUCAAGUCAAUGGACCUGACGUCAGAUGUAGACCAGCUGGUCAAUUUUGCCACGUCUACACCAUCCACGUGCGGUGGCGAUAGCCCAGAGUGCUACGAGUGGGCCUUACGAAAGGCACAACAGCUCGACUGGUCUGAAGACUCGGCAAAAGCGUUUGUCCUCAUCGGUGACUGUGAACCACACCCACCAUCUUACACUGACCAGCGCAUCAAUUGGCGGGAAGAAAUGGAGGUCCUUAAAGGCAUGGGAGUCAAGGUGUAUGGCGUUUAUUGUAAAGCAUACACUAGUCCUGCAGAACAUUUCUACGGUCUGCUGUCAGAGGAGACGGGAGGGUGUCUGCUCAAACUUGUCCACUUCAGUCUUAUAACAGAAAUGUUCUUGGCAGUGUGCUACAGGGAGGCGGCCCCCGAACAACUGGAAGCGUACACAGAAGAGCUAGAAAAGGAAGGGAAGUUGUCCGGAGAUACGAAAGAGCUUAUGGCACAGCUGGAUACAAAACCGACCGAGGGAGUGGAGGGUGAUGGCGGAGCUAAGAAAGCGGAAACGAUAAAGAGAUAUGUAAGCGCUGCCUGGUGGGAUAUAAGUUUGGACCACGGCCAAUGUUCUGAAUACAAAUACGACGCACAGAGUGACAGAUGGAGUGCUCAUAUCUCCCAGAAGCAUUCAGAUGUCCGCCUUUCCGCAUCCGGUACAGGGAGUGUAUCGCGGAAGAAACAGAAUAAGCGGAAGUGCAGCAUAAUGUAAAUUCUGACAAAUACGUUCCAAUGACCAAUGAAUAAUACGAAAAAGAAUUUGUGUAUCACACUUUCUUACGGAUGUUCCGUGAAUCCAAUCCAGCAGGAACGACAAGCACGGCUGUAUAAAACCCGUACUGUUGUAUACAUUUCCCGAAACAACAUUAGUGAUUGGAUCAAUAUAUAUAUCACGUGAUUGGAAGACGUACACAUUGCUCACUCUCGUGAGCUUUUGCCUUCUCAUACGGCAGUCAUUAUGUCUCCAGUCGACCACUUUGCGUUGGUCAAACAGCGAAAGGCUCGAAAUCGGACUUGAUCUAUCAGAGGGUCUUCCAGAGUGGAACCAGGGAAUGUGCAAUGACUGAUAGUUGUGAUGACGGCCAACUCUUAUUUGGUAAAUUCCUGAAGUGUUCCGAAAUAGUUUUCAUCUUCCGAAUGAAGUUGAUAUUCCGGACGUUCUCCCUAAACGGAGUUCUGGUUUCGUUAUUCCUCAUACAAAUUUAUGUAUAAUUGCUCUCUUCUAAGAUAUGGGUUGUGAAAGUACAUGUGGAUAAAACACUAUUUAUUGCAUGGUUCACUUUAUCGAAAACGCCAUGUGCGCAUGCGUCACCAUGAAUUAUUCACAAUGGACAUUCUUUCAGUACCCAUGGAAUACGUCAAAUACAUCAAUUCCAAAUCAUCAUCUCAGUAAAGUAUGGGUAUUUUCCCCUGUACCACUUAAAUAUAGAAAAAUAUGUAUAAAGUUCUUGGUUUGAAAAUGACGGAGAACGUGUGCGUACGUGUCUCUGGGUGCUCGGAGACAUUUUAAGUGACCGAGAUUGAACGUUUACAGGUUAGCGUUUUGAGGUUGAAUCGUGUGUGAGGAAUAGGAAAUAAACUGAACUACUUCAUAAAGUGAUACUUAUCUUUGACAGUGGAAGAACUUUCCUAGAUCAUAUAGAUCAUAAACUAUAUAAAGUUUUCUGAACUAGAGGACACCGACAUGGCAACAACAAUAAUACUAGGCUGUCAGAGUUGUUUCCUAAUAGAAGAAGACGCAUGGAAUCACGUCAUGCUGAAAAACAGCGCCAGCAUUGCUGCCACGACCAAAAGUUUAGUUGAAAUACUAAGUGAUUAGCUGUUUGGCCUACUGCCCGCAGUAACGAUUACAAUAUCUAUAACAUAACUAUUAUUGACGAUAACUCUUAAAGCGAGAUAUCUCUAAAUGUUUGAAUGUAUGCAUAUAUGUUUAUAACCUUCAUCAUAAUGGAGGAAAUAAAGAUAUCUAUCUAUAGAUGUACAGACAUAUAGUAUAUACUAUUUUUGUAGAGUAUACAAAGGGAAACUUAUACGCAAUCACACCCUUUUUGAAAGAUGUUCAUGUGGUAUUCGAUUGGAGGAAUUUCAUAUUUUGUUUUUGAAACACAUGUCGAUAUCUGACUUUGCGACGAAAUCCUUGUUCUUAUUUUGUUUCGUAUUGUUGAUUUUUUUUUGUCGUCGUUUUUUUUUGUAAGGAUCCUCAGCUCUAAAAUUAAGACGAUGUAGUCAAAAGGAUCGACUUAGUGCAAUAUCCAAUUAUACUGUCAUCAUUACCUUGUUUUAUUGGCAAAACAUUAUGCUUUUGUUAACCUUACUCGAAAAAAAUGAAUAAAAAUGGAAAUUUUGAAACAAAUCUUCAUAGCCCAACGAUACAACUACAAAACCAACAGUAUGGUACAUUGCAAUUAGAAUAUAUCACUUUUGACUGGCUGUUUUUGCUGAAAAUUUUAUAUAGAAGGUCAACUCUCAUCUGCAUUUUUUACAGACCAUACGUAGAGAUUCUUGACUCGAUGCAAGACCGAUUCUAUGUAAUUCGAAUUUUUGCGUAAUUUCGAUAACUGCAGCUCGGCUUGGCUCCAUUGCCAAGUUCGAGGUUGAAAAAUAGUCAAGUGUAACUAGCACAGAAGUAAACGAAGUACGUAAUUUUCAACGAGGAGCAAGAAAAGAUAAACUUAUUUUGACUGAUGAAAAGACGGCGAAACAAUUAUUUUAAAAUCAAAUAAGGUGUAAAGUCAAGGGUACCGCCAAGUUAGACUUAAUUAAAACCAUAUUCUUAAAACAAUUUUUUUAAUCGCAUGUUGCCAUGCAUUGGAAAGAAUUGUAGAAUUCGAAAUUUGAAUGUUUGAAAACGGAAAUAAAAAAAGAAAAGCAAGAAUACUGCGGUGGUCGAACUCAGGAGCAUUGAACUGCAAAGCAUGCACUUUACCAAUGAUGCCAUACAGGAAUUACAAAUUCACAACAUAAAAAUGUGUGUCAUAAUUUAUGAACUACAAAUUAAAGUAUAUUUGAAAAAAAAACAAGCCAUUCGGAUUGAUUUGUCUUGGCUGUACCCCGCUUU